CUUAAGGAGGUUGUUGUUACUCAGAGCUCAGAGUAGGUGCUACACUUUCCUCUGUGGAUUCACUUUUAUCAGCAGCUCUCUACGGGUUUUUGGACAAAAGUCCCAAUCAUCUGGAGUGAAAAUGGGUGCCCACGGCUCCAACCUGGAUGAUAUCCUGGAGGAGGACAUGCACCACUGGUACACAAAGUUCAUGAGGGAAUCUCCUUCGGGGCUCAUCACGCUCUUUGAGCUGAAGACAAUGCUCGAAAUGAACGGUAUGACAGAGGAGGCCAGCAGUUAUGUGGACCAGGUCUUCGUCACCUUUGACAUGGAUGGGGAUGGCUACAUAGACUUUGUUGAAUAUAUUGCAGGCAUUAGUUUAUUAUUGAAAGGAGAAAUAAAUCAGAAGCUAAAGUGGUACUUCAAGCUCUUUGAUCAGGAUGGAAAUGGAAAAAUUGACAAGGAUGAACUGGAAACUAUAUUUAAGGCCAUUCAAGACAUCACCAGAAGCUACAACAUCCCUCCAGAAGAGAUUGUGCAUCUUAUAUAUGAGAAGAUUGAUGUCAACGGAGAAGGUGAGCUGACGCUGGAAGAGUUCAUCAGUGGAGCAAGGGAGCACCCUGACAUCAUGGAUAUGCUCACUAAGAUGAUGGAUCUAACUCAUGUCUUGGAAAUUAUUGUCAAGGGUCAACGGAGGAAAGCUCUGAACUGAGUCAGUAAACAACAAGCCGAAGAACUGACAUCACCCAGACUUUAAAGACUGUAUGGACUUGACGAUGCACAGAGUCCCACCUCAGACUGCAAAAAUCCAAACUGACAGAGCAGGAGCACACAAAUAUCUCUCUGCAUAUCACCAGAUAACAUGCAGAAUGAAGCAACAGAAUGAAGCAGAUAACUUCCUCAACUCUGUUAACCUGUAUGUGCCCUCAGAGUCAUUGUACAGUUUACUUUUUAAUUUUUUAAAAAACACUUUACCAAUUGUGGCGAGGCUUGGUGAAAAAAAGAAGAAGUAAAACUGCUUUUAGGGUCUCAUCAUGGGCCCAGCAGAGUAUGCAAAGUAAGGUUAAAAGAAUCACUUUUAUUUAAUUUAUAAGGAGCUAAUUUCUGACUAAUGAUUCUAAAGACUCCUGAAACAAAUGGUCAGUUUCUGAAUAGUUACAGCAUAAACAGAAUAUUGGGGUAUUUACAGUCUAGUCUACAACACUCGCAGGGACUGUUGGUAGUUUUGUGUUGACGAGUUUGUAAAAUCUGAAAGAAAAGUCCAUUAUUGGUUAAAAACACUAAUGGACACUAAAAUAUUUGUGAUUAUGUACAAAAAAUACGAAGUUUUAAAAUAUCUUCCAAUUAAGGUUGCCUUAAAAUCAGUACAUUUGUUUAUUUUUUUAAUAACCCCCUACACUAGCGAAGGAUUCUUUGGUUUUUACCAAAGAUCCAGGCAUAGACAUGACAGAUUCCAUUUUGCAAAACCUGCAAUAAUUUCCUUUAAUCAAUGACGUAACUUUAAGAGUAACAUGCAAAGUUUACCACAUUGUUGUUGCGUCAACCAGCUUCAAAUAGAGAAUUAGGAAAAUAGAUAAAAAUAAGAUAUAUAGAUUAGAAAAGCUAAAAACUGAGGAAACAAAC